UCAAAGCGCGACGUCGCGUGCAGCGCUUUGAAGGGCGCCGAGCAGAACUACGGGAUAAAUAACUUAAAAACUAAACCAAAGUCUGGAUGUUUAGAUUAAUUUGGGUUGCAUGAGGUCAAACCUAACAUAAAAAGACGUUAGAGGGAUUUAGCGCUGUGCUCUCAUCGGUGUCGCUGUAAUGGCUUUGAAAUGUUUAACCCGAACUCUACGCUCCCUGACUCUCUCCCAGCCUGCUCUGCUCUCCUCACAGGCGGCUGCUCAACCGAAGCUUGGAGCUCAGGUACCCAGCGCCAUCAGCCUGUACAGAGGCUUCCUGACCACAGCCUCUCUAGAGCAGAAUAGGACACUCUGGAAGAACAUGGACAAGUACACCAUAAAGCCGAUGGGGAUGAAAAAGACCGGAGGCAGAGAUCAUACAGGAAAGAUACGCACACGGGGCAUUGGUGGAGGCCAUAAACAAAAGUACCGGUGGGUAGACUUCCAGCGGUUACGCUACGAACCCAGUAAAGAAGGUCGUCCAUUUGAAGAGAAGGUGGUGGAGGUGCGAUACGACCCAUGCAGGUCAGCUGAUAUUGCUCUGGUGGCAGGAGGCAACCGGAAAAGAUGGAUCAUUGCAACAGAGAACAUGCAGGCUGGAGACAUCAUUAAAACCUCUGCUGUUAUCGGACGCAUGGCAGUAUCAGCAAAUGAGGGGGAUGCCUACCCACUUGGGGCCCUUCCUGUGGGGACAUUAGUGAACAACCUGGAGAUACAGCCGGGAAAAGGAUCGGAGUACAUACGUGCUGCAGGAACAAGUGGCGUUUUGCUGCGUAAAGUUAAUGGGACUGCAAUCGUUCAGCUUCCUUCAAAGCAGCAGGUUCAGGUGUUGGAAACCUGCAUAGUAACGGUCGGUCGCGUGUCAAACAUAGACCAUAACAAACGCAUCAUCGGCAAAGCCGGCCGCAAUCGUUGGCUCGGUAUCCGUCCAUCCAGCGGUUUGUGGAAGAGGAAAGGAGGCUGGGCGGGGCGGAAGAUCAAACCGCUGCCUCCGAUGAAGAGCUACAUCAACCUGCCCUCCAUCUCUGCUAACUAACAUUGGCUCCAUUUAUGUUUGGACUGAAGAACAAAUAAAGACAAGCUGCUGUACGGAAGAUUAAAAACUUUAUUAAACACAACUGCCUGUGAGAGCAUGAAAAGAAAAAAAAUAUAUAUAAAAAUCCAAAACAUAUUUACAUCUCUAAUAAAACA